AUACCAACAACCUCUACAUCUUCUUGCUCUUCUUCCUCCUUUUUUUUUUUAUCAUUUACACAAAAAUCCAAAGACAAAUCUCUAAUAAACAAAUCCAUAAAAAAAGAAAAACAAAGAUGAAAGGUGAAUACAGAGAGCAAAAGAGUAACGAAAUGUUUUCCAAGCUUCCUCAUCAUCAACAACAACAACAACACUCUCUUACCUCUCACUUCCACCUUACCUCCACCGCAACACCCACCGUCGAUGACUCCUCCAUCGAAGUCGUCCGACGUCCACGUGGCAGACCACCAGGUUCCAAAAACAAACCUAAACCACCUGUCUUCGUUACACGUGACACCGACCCUCCUAUGAGUCCUUACAUCCUCGAAGUUCCAUCGGGAAACGACGUCGUUGAAGCCAUCAACCGUUUCUGCCGCCGUAAAUCCAUCGGAGUUUGCGUCCUUAGUGGCUCUGGCUCCGUAGCUAACGUCACUUUACGUCAGCCUUCUCCGGCAGCUCCUGGCUCAACCAUAACUUUCCAUGGAAAGUUCGAUCUUCUAUCCGUCUCCGCAACUUUCCUCCCUCCUCCACCACGUACUUCCUUGUCUCCUCCCGUCUCUAACUUCUUCACCGUCUCUCUAGCCGGACCUCAAGGACAAAUCAUCGGUGGGUUCGUCGCUGGUCCACUUAUCUCCGCAGGAACAGUUUACGUCAUCGCUGCAAGUUUCAACAACCCUUCUUAUCACCGGAUACCGGCGGAGGAAGAGCAGAAACACUCGGCGGGGACAGGAGAAAGAGAGGGCCAAUCUCCGCCGGUGUCUGGUGGCGGUGAAGAGUCAGGACAGAUGGCGGGAAGUGGAGGAGAGUCGUGUGGGGUAUCAAUGUACAGUUGCCACAUGGGUGGCUCUGAUGAACAAUCUACACCUUAUGAGAAAGCGGUUUACGAGGCUAUUACUUACCUGAUAUCCGAGGACAGGGAUGACGACUUGGCUUUUGAAAUGCACACCAAGCUACUUAAUAGAUUCCCGAAGGACCUUGCCUCUUUGAAGAGAGCACAUCUUUUAUGUUUCUACAUGGGUCAACCUGAUCCCUUUUUGGGUCUUGUUCAGCAGAGAGCCCUCGAGUUGUUAAACCUAGCCGAACCCAGUUCUGAAGAAGAUGACGAAGACGAUAAAAGCACCGGCGAGAGAAAUGGGUCACAAGAGGAGGAAUCGAACAAGGGAGAUCCUGAAGCUGAUGAAUUAUAUGAUCUCAUCAAAUCCAGGGUUGAAUGUGAUGACUUCCUUGAAAAGAUUGAGUCAGCGCAGGUUUCAGCGCCGCAAAAUCUUGCUGAAGAUAGUGGCGCUUGGGAUGUAGUUAGUGAAGAUGAUCUUUGGGAUGAUGAAACCAUGGCUCAAAGGGAAGAAGAUUAUGUUCUUGUUAGUGAAGAAGAUAUAGCAGAGGGUAUUGCUUGUUUUAUGGCUACUUAUUUACAAUCACUUAAGCAGACAAAGGACUUGACUCCUGAGCAGCUUCAGAAAGCACUUAGCAGGAUGUUCUCAGUGAAGAAUAGAAAGGGGAAACUUCGGAAAGCCUGGGAUGGAAGUAAGGUUGCUUACAACGUAGCAUCGUGGAGCGCAACUGUUAUUGGUAUCUACCAAAACCCGGUGAUCCUCAGGGUUGCAUCAAAGGCCUUCUGGGCGUCGUGUCAUGUAAUAUCAAAGCUUGUCUGAUUGAUGACAAAGCCUUUCGAGCACAUCUCGCCUUUGUGAUACGAUAAGUUACAGUUUAAUUUGGGUUCUCCAUGAUCUAUGUAAAUUAAAUUUCAUCAUGUAUAAAGAAUGCCAUUUGUGAUUCCGUUCUUUACUGCACUAUUCUUUCUGCAUCACCCUUUAUAUCCAUAAAACGAAUAAACGCAUGCUAGAAUC